AUGAACUCGAUCACGGAUAGGGUGAUCGCAUUUCGCCUUCCACAAGAUGGGGUGGAGGAGGAGGCUUACGGCCUGUGCCUUCGAAGAGAAGGGAACACGCUGCGCGUGAUGAUGUUGCAGGAGAACAACCACGAGCGACCACUGAGGUCAGUGCUGCGCAAGCUAUCCGACGAGGAUGCCGUCGUGAGCGAGCUCGAGAACCGCUUUCAGUCACUACAGCCGAAUCUGUUAGAGGAGAAUGACGAGGCGAGGCAGAAGAAGUGCCGCUUGCAAAAGAGAAUGCUACAGUGGGCUGUUCGCCGAUUGGAGGGGGUCGAUGAGAAAGAGUGGGCACUGAUGUCGCAGCAACACCGCCCUUCUGCCAUGGUUAGCUCUGUCGGAUGCACCGCGGCUUCCAUCGCUGAAGGGAAGAGUCUUGUGUCAUCUACGUGGGUUGAUGCGCAAAGACUGCUCCGCAGCGGCAAGGAAAUGGUGCUGCAGCUGCGUCAGGUUGGCGAGCAGCGGAUGGACAGAUCUCUGUAUGACUCAAUCGGAGAGACGUACCUGUCCGACUCGACCUUGUCUUACUCGUCCGUUUUGCAAGAGUCGCUGUCGCUUGGCGUCCUGCACAAGUGGAUCACGACUUUCAUGGAUUACCAACGUGUCUGCUACAUGGAGGACGGGGGCGCAGAGCUGCAGCAACAGAUGACCGCGUGUCAGAGCAGCCUGCAAUCGGCGCGCGAGCGGCGCAGCUCGCUGGCGAAGCAGGCAGAUCUCAUCAAAAAAGGAAAUUGCUACAGUCGCACCCAGACGGUGCGCAGUGUCCCCAUAGAGGACGUCCUCUACCUCAUGACGUUUGAGAAGGUUACCGCCCGGCAGUACCUUCUCAAGGAGCGCAUCCCUCUCGAAUCGCUGGAGGAGGCGCUGAGGAAGUCGCUUGUUGGUCCGCAAAGUGCCUGCGGGUUCCGCGACGAAGAGCAAGCUAGAAUAUCGACGGUUUCCUUCCCUCGGGUGGAACACACCGUCACAGAACCCACACACACCAAUCGCACCCCCACCGGUGCCUCGACGCACCCUUCGCCGGAGGCUGAGUCGGCGCGGACAGGAGCGUGGGCGAACGGGCGUCACGUUCCACGGCUGCGUGCCUCCACAGACGACGGCGGAAAUAUGAACGAUGCCGAGAGUCGCUGUGCCGCGGUGCCGUCCUCGGCCGAUGCAUUGAGGGAACAGACGGAUGAAACCCACGUUGCGAGGGGGGUAAAACGUGCAUCUCGCAGGAACAGCGGUUCAUCGUUGUCGGAUGGCAAGGUUGCAGUGACACACGCCAUGACUACCACCACUACAGCAACAGGUGCCGUCACUGCUUCUUUUUCUUCGACCACCCAGGCGGUCAGAGAAAACGGUGCGUCUUUUCCGUCACGUGAGCCUAGCGCACCGUCAGCUUCUGGUGAUGCCCAGCACGUACUCGCAGAUAUCAAGAACCACUUUAAAAACGUACAAGAGACCCUCCUGGCAUGCUUGGAGGAGUACGAGCAGCUGGAGGAGAAGUACUCUAACACCGUAGAGCAGAGUAAACAGCUUCUGCAGACUUUGGAGGAGCGCGACGACGAGAUUGCGCGGCUGCGCGAGGACUUGUCACAGGCGACACAGAAGCAGCUCUUGGCAAGCCGUGUAAUUUCACCACUGCAGCAGAAUCAGUUCGAGGCGUCAAGCGGUGACCGGCGUAACGGACACCAGAACUGUGGUGAUGAGGUCCGGCUUCAAUUUACGACUUCCAGCGCAUGCGAUGCGGGGGCUUUUGCGAGGCACGUGGAGUACUUGCUGGAUGAUACGCUGGAUUUUGUACGAGGGGCUGCUGCGGCCCCAGUCAUGUGA